AUGGAUGGUUUAUCCUCGGCGGCGAGCGUUAUCGCCGUCAUUCAGCUAACGGGAACUCUCGUGAAGCUUUGUGGGGGGUACAUUCAAGAGGUGAAAGAUGCACGAAACGACAUCUUAACCCUACAGCGGGUGAUUGAAGGUCUUCAAGAGACACUCCAAGACCUGCAGAGGUUUCUUCAAAGUAACAACGGAAAGGCCCUACCUACCUCCUCACGACUAGUCAGCGAUAUUACCGAUUGCCUCUCCGACAUCCGAGACUUAGAAGCGAGUCUUGAUCCGAGAAAAGGAAAGAAGCUGAUGAGAAAAUUUGGAUUAAGAGCCUUAAAGUGGCCCCUGAAACGCACAGAGGUGGAGAGUGUUAUUCGCAAUCUCGAGAGAUAUAAAUCUUCAUUCCUCUUGUCUUUGCAGAAGCAUCAGAGCUCUCUGAUGGUCGGCGUGGUCGACAAUACUGAUCGUAUUAAUCAAUAUAUGAACCUUGGGAAGUUGGAAGGCGCAACGGAGGCAGUGUUUGGGUCAUUCUCCGAUCGAGACGAAGUCCAAUGUCUCCAAGGUACUAGGACCGAGCUCCUCCAGCAGAUAAUGGGAUGGUCUAUGUCACCGUCCCAAAAAAGCAUUUUCUGGCUGAAGGGAAUGGCUGGGACAGGAAAAUCCACAAUAUCUCGGACUGUGGCAAAGUCGCUCGAGGACGCCAACCAUCUAGGUGCAAGCUUCUUCUUUAAGCGGGGUGAAGGGGACCGAGGGAACGCGAAGAGGUUUUUCCCGACAUUAACAAGGCAACUGAUGCUCAGGAUCUCUGGGAUGCGGUCCGGCGUGCAAAAGGCACUCGACCAUGACCCUGACAUUGCGUCAAAAUCGCUCAGGGAGCAGUUUGAGAAACUACUCCUUCAACCGCUGCUCAAUGUUGACCAACUUGGGCCGCAACCUCGAACCGCUGUGAUGGUGAUCGACGCUUUGGACGAAUGUGAACAUGACGAAGAUGUCCGAAACAUAAUCCGAUUACUACCUCUUCUACAGCAGGCCAAAGCGGUUCGUCUUCGGAUCUUCUUGACUAGCAGGCCUGAACUUCCAAUCAGACUCGGCUUUUCAGAGAUCGCGGAUCAUGAAUAUCAGGAUCUAGCUCUUCAUGAGAUUCCCGAAGAGGUGACAGAAUAUGACAUACACUUAUUCCUACAGGACCGAUUUGACAAGAUCAGACUCCACAGACGUAUUGCCGCAGGCUGGCCUGGGGAUAAGGUCAUCGAUGAACUGGUCACGAUGUCCGUUCCGCUCUUUAUUGCGGCUGCCACUGUGUGCCGGUACAUCGAGAACUCAAAAUGGGAGCCCAAAUCGCGCCUCGCGGAGCUUCUGAGUGACCAAGCUAAAUAUACAUCCAAAUUGGAUAAGACAUACUUGCCGGUUCUGACGCGACUACUGGACGAUCAAGAGGUUGAUGAGUCGGAGCAGCAGCAGCUCCUGCAAGAGUUCCAGGAAAUAGUUGGUGUCAUCAUCCUUCUUGAUGUUCCGCUUUCUAUAAAUGCGCUAGCGCUGUUUCUUGGGAUAGAAGCAGACCAGAUCAGUAAUAGAUUGGAUUCAUUCCGAUCAGUUCUAAGGAUUCCUAGUGACCGAGAUCAGCCUGUUCGGAUUCUUCAUUUAUCAUUUCGGGAUUUUCUGGUCCGGACUAAAACCAAGUUUUAUAUGGAUGAGCCAAAAAAGCAAAAAGAAAUUGCACAGUUCUGUCUCAGGACUAUGCAGGGCCGUCUACAGAAAGAUAUCUGCAAUCUGGCAAGCCCUGGAAUGCGUAGGGCAGACAUCGACCCUCGACAUAUUCGCCAGUCUCUACCACCGGAGGUACAGUACUCUUGUCGCCACUGGAUACACCACCUCGAACAAAGUCAGGUUUUAUCUUCUGAGCUAGAAGAAGUACAGCUAUUUCUUAAAAAGCAUUUUUUGCACUGGGUGGAAGCGAUGAGCCUGUUGGGUCUUACGUCGGAGGUUGUGGGUAUGCUUGAUAUACUCCGCACUGUUACACAAGGUGUUGAUGAUUCUGUAAUGGCUGACUUCAUCUACGACGCAAAGCGCUUUGUUCUGAAAAAUCGCCAGAUAGCCGAUGAGGCACCACUUCAGAUCUAUUGCGCAGGAUUGGUAUUUGCACCUCAAACAACAAUAAUUCGUACAGAGUUCAAGGGAGAAUUUUCUAGUUGGAUAUGUCAGCUCCCAAAGGUUAAGGAAAGAUGGAGUGCAGAUUUACAAACACUCGAGGGCCAUUCAGGCCCGGUUCAGUCAGUGGCCUUCUCGCCCGACGGCCGGCUGCUGGCGUCCGGUUCUGAUGAUAACACAGUGCGGCUCUGGGAUACGGCAACAGGUGGUCUACAGCAGACGCUCGAGGGUCAUUCGGGCUGGGUUCAGUCGGUGGCCUUCUCGCCAGACGGCCGGAUGCUGGCGUCAGGCUCUAAUGAUGACACAGUGCGGCUCUGGGAUACCGCGACGGGUGGUCUACAGCAGACGCUCGAGGGUCAUUCGGACCGGGUUCUGUCGGUAGCCUUCUCACCAGACGGCCGGCUGCUGGCGUCCGGCUCUUAUGAUAGGACCGUGCGGCUCUGGUAUACGGCAACAGGUGGUCUGCAGCUGACGCUCGAGGGCCACUCGGGCAUGGUUCAGUCGGUAGCCUUCUCGCCUGAGGGCCGGCUGCUGGCGUCAGGCUCUUAUGAUAUGACCGUGCGGCUCUGGGAUACCGCGACGGGUGGUCUACAGCAGACGCUCGAGGGUCAUUCGCACUGGGUUCGGUCGGUGGCCUUCUCGCCAGACGGCCGGAUGCUGGCGUCAGGCUCUGAUGAUGACACAGUGCGGCUUUGGGAUACGGCGACGGGUGGUCUACAGAAGACGCUCGAGGGCCAUUCGCACCAGCUUCGUUCGGUGGCCUUCUCGCCCGACGGCCGGCUGCUGGCGUCAGGCUCUGAUGAUGACACCGUGCGGCUCUGGGAUACGGCGACGGGUGGUCCACAGCAGACGCUCGAGGGUCAUUCGGACCGGGUUCGGUCGGUGGCCUUCUCGCCCGACGGCCGGCUGCUGGCGUCAGGCUCUGAUGAUGACACAGUGCGGCUUUGGGAUACGGCGACGGGUGGUCUACAGAAGACGCUCGAGGGCCAUUCGCACCAGCUUCGUUCGGUGGCCUUCUCGCCCGACGGCCGGCUGCUGGCGUCAGUCUCUUAUUAUGAGACCGUGCGGCUCUGGGAUACCGCGACGGGCGGUCUACAGCAGACGCUCGAGGGUCAUUGGGACCGGUCUCGGUCGGUAGCCUUCUCGCCCGGCGGCCGGCUGCUGACGUCAGUCUCUGAUGAUGACAUAGUGCGGCUUUGGGAUACCGCGACGGGCGGUCUACAGCAGACGCUCGAGGGUCAUUCGGACCUGGUUCGGUCGGUAGCCUUCUCGCCCGACGGCCGACUGCUGGCGUCCGGUUCUUUGGAUAAGACCCUGCGGUUCUGGGAUACGGCGACGGGUGGUCUACAGCAUAUCUUGAACCCCACGGGAAUGGUCACCGAACUCGAAUUUUCUCAAGAUGGUUCAUAUCUAAUCACCAACUUAGGCACCUUCGAUUCUCAGUCCGGGCUCCAACAUCAUGCUUCUAGUUCAACCCAUAGGAAUCCGGCGUGUUUUAUUGAGCAAGGACAGUGGAUAAACCUGAACGGCAAAACUGUACUAUGGCUUCCUCCUGACUUUCGGCCCACCUGUUCUGCGGUUAAUGGGGCCUUAAUUGUCUUGGGACAUGCAUCAGGGCAGAUUUCUUUCCUACGAUUUUGCCUACAGUAG